AUGAGGUCCGCUGCCAUCUUUGUCGGUGUUCUGGCCUCGGCCGCCAUUGCUCAGCCCCAUGGCCACAGUCAUGGUCGACGCCAGCACCUCCACGGCCAUCCGAAGCGUGAUCUUGUUACGGAGUGGACCACCGAGAUCCAGACCAUCACCGUGACGGAGUGGAUUGAUGAGACGACCACCGAAUGGAUUACUCCUGGCGUCACCCCGACCAAUGCCGAAUCUUCCGCUGCGCCCACCACCAACGUCCCGGGUCAGUUUUUCGAAGGUUCCAGCCAGGCCGCCCCCUCGACUCCCACGUUCGUCCCAAAGCCUACCUCGGAAGCUCCCGAGACACAAGCUUACGUGCCUCCUCCGGCAAGCACAUCUGUCGUUGCACCUCCGGUCCAGGUGGCUCCGACAACUGCUGCCCUCGCGGCUUCUCCGGCUCCAAGUGGCUCCUCCGGCGUCAGUUCGGCUACAUCCGAACACACUGGCGACCUGACCUACUAUGCCCUGGGCAUGGGGGCAUGCGGCUUCGAUGAUAGCGGCAAGGAUAUGACCGAGAACAUUGUCGCUCUCUCCUAUCUGGUGAUGGGUGAGCAAUCCAACGGCAACCCCAUGUGCGGCAAGACCAUUUCGAUUAGCUACGGCGGCAAGACGAUUACUGCUACCGUUCGCGACAAGUGCAUGGGCUGCGCUGCUGACGCCAUUGACGUGAGCGAAGCAGCCUUCGUUUCGUUGCUGGGCUCAACCGGCGUCGGACGCAAGGCUGUCAACUGGUGGUUUAACUAA